AUGAGGGCAACGAGGGCCGCCAGAUGGCUCAAUUGCCGUCUGCUAUUCGGCACCCAGCAGCCGAGCUGUGGUAGCCACUUCUUCAACGUCUCCCCCGCUGCCCCGGCCUGGGAGAGCCGACGAGCCUUCAGCCAGACCAAGCGCACCUGCAGUGCUGCGCAAGAAGCUCUCAAGAAGGCCCAGGAGGACGCUGCGAGCUUGACACCCGAGUAUGUCGCUGCCAACAUGGACCCCGAGGAGGCCAAGCGCCUGUCUCGAGUCCGUAACAUCGGUAUUGCUGCGCACAUCGACAGUGGAAAGACUACCGUCAGUGAGCGAGUUUUGUUCUACACCGGCCGAAUCAAUGCGAUCCACGAGGUGCGAGGCAAGGAUGCCGUCGGCGCCAAGAUGGACUCCAUGGAACUCGAGAGGGAAAAAGGCAUCACCAUCCAGUCUGCGGCCACCUUCGCCGACUGGAAGAAAACGGAAAACGGCAAAGAGGAAACCUACCACUUCAACCUGAUUGAUACCCCUGGUCACAUCGAUUUCACCAUUGAGGUCGAGAGAGCUCUCCGAGUCCUCGACGGUGCUGUCAUGAUUCUGUGCGCUGUUAGCGGCGUCCAGUCUCAGACCAUCACUGUCGACCGUCAAAUGAAGCGUUACAAUGUCCCCCGAAUCUCCUUCGUCAACAAGAUGGACCGAAUGGGUGCCAACCCCUGGAAGGCCGUCGAGCAGAUCAACACCAAGCUCAAGAUUCCCGCCGCUGCUAUCCAGGUUCCCAUUGGUGCUGAGGAUGAGUUCCAAGGCGUCGUCGAUCUUAUCAACAUGCAGGCUAUUUACUUUGAGGGUCCCCGUGGUACCAAGGUUCGCGUCACCGAUCAGAUUCCUGGCCCCCUCCAGGAGCUUGUCAAGGAGAAGCGUCAGGCUCUUGUUGAGAAGCUCGCCGAUGUCGACGAUGAGAUUGCCGAACUGUACCUCGAUGAACAGGAGCCCACCAACCAGCAGAUCAAGGAUGCCAUCCGCCGCGCCACCAUUGCCCGAACUUUCACCCCCGUCAUGAUGGGCUCUGCCCUUGCUGAUAAGGGUGUCCAGCCCAUGCUCGACGCUGUAUGCGAUUUCCUGCCCAACCCCGCCGAUGUCGAGAACACUGGGCUUGACAAGUCAAACGAGGAGAAGACUGUGAAGCUGGUUCCCUACAACUCUCUGCCCUUUGUUGGUCUUGCCUUCAAGCUCGAGGAGAACAACUACGGCCAGCUCACCUACAUCCGAGUCUACCAGGGCAAGCUCACCAAGGGUUCCUACCUGUUCAACUCCCGAACCGACAAGAAGGUCCGAAUUCCCCGUAUUGUCCGCAUGCACUCCAACGAGAUGGAGGAUGUCUCCGAGGUCGGUGCCGGUGAGAUCUGCGCCGUCUUUGGUGUCGACUGUGCUUCCGGUGACACCUUCACUGAUGGCGGUCUCCCCUACACCAUGUCUUCCAUGUUCGUUCCUGAUGCCGUCAUGUCGCUCUCCAUCAAGCCUAAGCGAACUGGUGAUGCCGACAACUUCAGUAAGGCCAUGAACCGAUUCCAGCGCGAGGAUCCUACCUUCCGAGUCCACGUCGACCCCGAGAGUGAGGAGACCAUCAUUUCUGGUAUGGGUGAACUGCACCUUGAGGUUUACGUCGAGCGUCUCAAGCGAGAGUACAAGACCGAGUGUAUCACUGGCCAGCCCCGUGUUGCCUACCGCGAGACCAUUGCUCGCAAGGCUGACUAUGAUUUCCUGCUGAAGCGACAGAGUGGUGGUCCUGGUGACUUUGCUCGUGUCGCUGGUUGGAUCGAGCCUAACGACAAGCCUGAUGAGAACCACUACGAGUCUCAGGUCGUUGGUGGUCACAUCCCCGACAAGUUCCUGUCUGCUUGUGCCAAGGGUUUCGAUGUUGCUUGUGAGAAGGGUCCUCUCCUGGGCCACAAGGUUAUUGGUGCCAAGAUGAUUGUCAACGAUGGUGCCACCCACGUUACUGAUUCUUCCGAUUACGCCUUCAACCUGGCUACCCAGAUGGCUUUCCGAAAGGCCUUCAAUGAUGCUGGUGGCCAGGUUCUCGAGCCCCUGAUGAAGACCACCAUCACCGCCCCCAACGAGUUCCAGGGCAACAUUCUGAUGCUCAUGAACAAGCGUAACGCCACUAUUCACGACACCGAUAUCGGCAGUGAGGACUUCACCCUCAUCUGCGACUGCAGUCUGAACGCCAUGUUUGGCUUCAGCUCUCAGCUUCGCGCUGCCACUCAGGGCAAGGGAGAGUUCAGCAUGGAGUUCAGUCACUACGCCCCGGCUCCUCCUCAUCUCCAGAAGGAGUUGGUUGCCAAGUACCAGGCCGAGCUUGAGGCCAAGCGAACCAAGUAA